ACACAUGUCGAGCGAACCGCGGGCAUCGUGUCCGGCGUGAAAGCAGCCGGUCCCCGCCGGACCAUGGGGCCGACGGAUCUGCUGCUGCUGCUGUGGUUCCGCGCCGCUCUGCUCGGUGCAGCAGGCUGCAGCGAGCGAGCGGAGGUCCACACCGAGCGGAGGGGUGUGAUCUACAGCCCCUCGUGGCCUUUGAACUACCCCGCCGGGGUCAACUGCAGCUGGCAUAUCCAGGGAGGCCAGGGCGAGGUCAUCACCAUCAGUUUCCGUAGCUUUGACGUGGCAGAAUCGGGGAGUUGUUUGGGGGACUUUCUCCUGCUGACGCCUAUGAGGAACGGGGAGUCCAGGCUGUGUGGCUCCAUGCUGCCGCUGCCCUUUGUCUCCACCAGGGGGCGUGUUUGGCUGUAUUUCCACUCUCGGGCCAACAGUUCUGGGCAGGCCCAGGGCUUCCGUCUCUCCUACAUCCGAGGUCACCUGGGUCAGAGCAGCUGUCAGUCGGACGAAUUCCUGUGUGGGAACGGGAAGUGUCUUCCUCGCUCCUGGAAGUGCAACAGCCAGGACGAGUGCGGCGACGGCACGGACGAACGCAGCUGCUCCCCCCCCCCCACCGAGGCCCGUCCCGGCCCCUGCCCCCUCGGCUCGCUGGCGUGCACCGAGGCCCAGUCCACCCGCUGCCUGCCCGUCGCCCUGCGCUGCAACGGCGCCCGCGACUGUGCCGACGGCGCCGACGAGCUGGGCUGCCCCGACACCGCCUGCGGCAGGCGCCUGGGCAACUUCUACGGCGCCUUUGCUUCCCCAGAUUUCUUCCGAGCCAACAGGAGCGCCGCGGCGGAGCUGAGGUGUUCGUGGUCGCUGGACACCCAGGACCCCAAACCCAUCGUCCUGCAGCUGGACCUGCAGCUCGGGCCCGGAGACUCGCUGCGUGUCUACGACGGGCUGCAGCAGCGUGCGGAGCACCUCCUGCAGGUGCUGUCGCACCACAACAACAGGCGCCCGGCGCUGCUCGAGUCGAGCCGCGGGCAGAUGAGUGUGUUGUACAUGGCCCAGCCUCACAGCUCCGGGCACGGCUUCAACGCCACGUACCAGGUCAAAGGUUACUGUUUCCCCGGUGAGCGCCCCUGUGGCAGCGAUCAGGGCUGCUACUCUGAGCGCCAGCGCUGCGACGGCUACUGGCACUGCCCGUCCGGCCGCGACGAGGAGGCCUGCUCGACGUGCCCGGACGGGGAGUUCCCCUGCGAGGGCGGCGGCGGCACGUGCUACCCGGCCUCCGAGCGCUGCAACAACCAAAAGAGGUGCCCGGAUGGCUCGGACGAGAAGAACUGCUACGACUGCCAACCCGGCAACUUCCACUGCGGCACGAACCUGUGCAUCUUUGAGACGUGGCGCUGCGACGGCCAGGAGGACUGCCUGGACGGGAGCGACGAGAGGGACUGCUUGGCGGCGGUGCCCAGGAAGGUGAUCACGGCCGCCCUGAUCGGCAGCCUGGUCUGCAGUCUCCUGCUGGUCAUCGCCCUCGGCUGUGCCCUCAAACUCCACUCCCUCAGAAGCAGAGAGUACAGAGCUUUUGAGACUCAGAUGACUCGCAUGGAGGCAGAGUUUGUCCAGAGGGAAGCCCCCCCUUCGUAUGGUCAGUUAAUCGCCCAGGGUCUAAUCCCUCCGGUGGAUGAUUUCCCGGUGUACAACCCCACUCAGGCCUCCGUGCUACAGAACCUGCGGCUGGCGAUGCGCAGGCAGAUCAGACGUCACUCCACGCGGCGCUCCACUUCCUCCUCCUCCUCCUCUCGCCGCCGCCUCGGGCAUCUGUGGAGCCGCCUGUUCCACGGGGUGGUGCGAGCCAGAGGCCAAGUCCCUCUGCUCGACUCCCCCGGACCCGCGCAGAUCGCCCUGGGGCUCCACAGCUACCGAACCGUGGGUGCUCAGGGGCCCCUGACGAGGCCCGGAGGUGGGCUCAGGGAGGAGUGCUACGUGGCUGGGAGGCGGGGCUCGUGCUUCUCAGCCACCGCCGACCUGCAGUCCUGCACGUCAGAAAGCCCCGCCUCACCGCUCUCCCUGCUGUCAGCGGACAGCCCAGAGGGGGGGGGACUGUCGCCCGUCGGCAGGCCAACACCAUCUGAGCCCUCCACCCCUGUUCAGAGUGACUUUUCAGAACAUACCGCACCCCCUCCCACACCCCAGGAAGCCCUCGUGCCCCCACGCCCCACGAGGACAUCGAGGAAGCUGGUCCUGGAGCUCGCCGUUAACCUAAAUGGGGUCUCCUUGAGACGUUACUCCUCCUUGGGGCCACUGUCACCCGUCUCACCCCUAGUGUUUCCCAGCAGCUCCCAGACCCCCACGACCCUACCGCACUACCUGGGGCGUGAGGUGACUUCACCCCCUGAGCCCUCGAAAGCAGAGGUCAGCAACGGCCACUUCACUAUGGGGGUAGCGAACAGGGCAAUAAGACGCAGGGAUGAGAGGAGGAGCGAAGGCAAGAAGAGGCUCUCCAGGUUUACCCUCGGUGACGAGGGAGGAGAUUCAGGGAGGGAGACAACGCCAUGCUGAAGAGAUUAGGAAGGUACUCCGCUGAGAUCAGCAAUAUUUGCUCUGCUGAAGUGUUCUUGAAAUGUGUCCCCAUCAGGUCCAGAGGUGAGAGCCGUCCCUCAGCAAGUGCAGUAGAAUAUAAAAGCAGCUCAUGUCUGUUGAAUGAAACCAGCGUAGGUUGUGCUUGUUGUCUGUUAUGCAGCAAAAAUCUCCUUGUAAAAUGUUGACUCCCACAAUGAAAUGCGCACAGGCCUGUUUGACCGUAAACCCGUGAGGAGCCUGCCCCAGGUAAUCAAACUCAAUUUGAUAUUGGCAACGUGUUCUUAGAACGCCAAAGCAGCCUUUGUGUUGUUACCCAGGGCCAUUACGCACCGCUAAAUACUGUGACUAUAAAAGCCUUAGUGAUUACAAAUCAAUUCACCUGAAUAUUAAUUCUAGUCGUAUUCCCACUUUAUUGGAUGAGGUGCUGUCAGAUCAAAGGAUAAAAUUAGUGAUAUUUUUAAUUCAUGUUACCCCCAUAAAGUUAUAUUAUAAGGCCCAAAACAAUAAGAGUUCGUCAAACCUCCCAAUACAUUUGUCUUCAGCAGCCUUAUUAUAUGCUCUCCUAUUGAAAGACCAAAUUUUUUUUUUUAAUGAAAACUUUUCAGAAGGACUUUUCACAAAAUAAUAUUCAAAAAGGACCUCAUAGUACAUUUGUCGGACACUAUUUGUCAGAUUGAGUCAAUAUAAACUACAGUAUGGUUAUUGAGCGGCCCAGUGAAGCAAUGAGGCUCAUUGAUAUAUUACACUUUUUGAAUAACAAUGGAGCGCUACGACACAGAGGAGGGAGGACAUAUCAGACUACAGAUACAAAAUUUAAGAUUAUUUUUUUGGGGGGCAUUUUUGCCUUCGUUUGGGGAGGAUAGCGUAGAAAUGGGGGGUAGGGUAUGACAUGCAACAGGGCUGGAAAUGGAAAUGAAGACCGUGUGAGCUAUGCUGCAGCCAUGCUGUCACCAAGCCACUCCAGACACUACUUGUUAGCAGGGACACAACUUUGUUGGUUUGGUUCUUUUCUUGGGGCUUGUUGAUGAUUAAAAAAUAUAUAAACACUAGUCUUACGUUUCAAACACAACUUUGAACCGCAAGCAUUGGAUUUUUUGUGUGAAAUGCACUUAUUUGGUUUGCGGAGAGUAAGAUAGCAAGAUCAUUACUACUUUUGUAUAUUUACGUAAAUUAGUGAUACACUAAGCAGUCGGUGAGUUUAGGCACAAAAGUUGGAAAAGGGUGAAUCCGCAAGUCUGUCUGAAGGCAGUAAAUAAGCUUCAAAGGUGCUGUUGUUCAACGUGUAACAUUCAGACGGAUUUGGGCUCCCUGCUUCCACCUGUGCUAAGCUUUAUGCUAAGCUAAGCUAUUUUUAAGGAUUCGGUUGUGAGUUAUCCCAUCUAACUCAAAGCCGAAAUUCCCUAAAAAUCAGCACUAUAUUUUCUUUAUUUUUAUGAGACAUAUCCAAUGUAUAUUUAAAAUCUUCAUUUUAACUUGAUAGUUAUCAUUAGGUUUAGAAAGCCAACAACAGGUGUAGUGAAUCCAGGUAUACAGUGAAACUCCAACCGUCCACCCGAGGAAGUCUUCCCUCACUUGAAUGAACUCGACUGCUCUGAUUUCCAUUCGGUGCAAAGUAGAGAUUUUAUAUGAAUGUUGAAGUGUCGGCAAAUUGGCUUCACUUCAGAAUAUGUUAUUUUUUAGACCUCUUCAUCCCAACUGUACCUCUGCAUUGCUGCUGACUGACUGCACACUGGUCAGUGCAGACGCCCCCCCGGACCGCUGGUUUAUUCCACUGGAAAUUCAUAUUUACUCUGUGGGACUUUCUAUUACAGGAUGUUAAAACAAGAGCCUCUAUUUUUCAGUCUUCACUAGAGACGGCUGCACCAGCCCUACUUUAUAUUCAUGUCUCUGCCUUGACGAACAGUGAACUUGAUUCAACCUGAUUGCCUGUGUUUCUGAUUUUCUUCUAAAGCGUAUCUCUCUGAGGUGACCCCUCCUAAUAACCAUUGACUAAUUACUGCUGAGCUCCUAAAGAAUGUAUCACUUGUACUUUUCUUGAAACUACGCAAGCUACAAACGGCCAAGCUGGGAUUUAUUUCACACGUAUUUCCUUAUGUAGAGGUAACAACACUUGUUUUCUGGCAACAGUGGGUUCAUUUGUCCGAUUUUCUGUAAACCAAAAGGCAGAUCUCUAGAAUAAAAAUGAUGAGUAGCUCAAACAGUCACUGUAGUUGGAUGUGGAGGGAAAGGAAAACAAGCUGCGAAAUGGGAACAGUAGCCUGAUCAGCACCAGAGACCUGGACAGCUCUGUCCAGGCUUACCAGGGUUAAAUAGUGUCAAAGCAUGUUAAAUACUGCUUUAAGAAUAACUUGUGUAUGUGGGCCGAGAACAAAGUUAGCCUUAUAAGGCUGAUCUGAAUGUUAACUCCAAUAGAAAGACACAAUGUAUUAUUCUGCCUCGGUUGGAACUUGUGUGGUCUGUUUUAAAUAGUGAUCGCCACUUUUGAACUAACAAAUUCAGCUAAAAUCAGCUGCUAGAUUUUUGCCAUCAGUGCAAACUGCCAUCUGAAAUCCUGAACUGAUAAACAUUUUAAGUGAUUUGUUUUCUCCUGAUAACUGUUUGAUUAUCUCAUUACCUCAAAAUACAAAAGCUUGUUGUUCUUGAGAUAACAAAAUAGGCGACUUGUGAUCACAAGAUAACGUCCGUCCUCGCCUGACACCAAUAGAUGUCUCCGUCUGUGUCUGCAGGAUGUUAAUAUUGAUCAGAAAUGUCCGAUACGCCUGCAAGUAGGACUGCUGGUUUUAAGCUGCAGGGUCAGGUUUCUGUAUAAACACGUUGUUUCUGAUUUUCCCGUUAAGUGAGCUCAACGCUUUGUUACACUUGUGUGCUUUCUUCUUACAGAAGUUUUGUCAUGCCUGGCUGCUACGUGUUAUGUGCCAUUAGAGACGUUUCCAAAUGAAUUUCCUGCCUAAUGAUCUACUUUUAUUUCAUUUCAAUCAGUUUACCAAAUGCUUGCUUUACAUAUUUUGUGCUAUUUUCCUUGUUAUUUGGUUCAAAGCUUGUACGUCCUUAUUUAACUUAAAGAUAAUUACACAUCUGCAGAAUGUAUGUGCUUACUUGCUUUUGAUGUGUUAAAAAUGCCUUUUUCCUUGCUGUUGUAAAUAUCAUGGACCGUUUAGUGGUCCACAGUUGUGGUUUACAUGUUUGAAGAGAUUAGAUCUGUCUGUCUGGAUACAGCCUAGUGAUAUGACAUGUGAUUGGUACACCCGACUGCUCUGGAGUUAAAUUUACUACUGCAUCGGCAAACUCUGGGAUUAUUUUGGCAAAGAAGUAAGGGAAGAUAUUCAAUAAGCUAAUUCCAGUGUAUUGACCCGGUUUUAAAACAGAAAUCUAUAAACCGCUAAAUUCAUUGCUUCAGACUGAUGCCGGCCAAAUAUACAGAAUAUACGGUAACAUAUACUUUAAUUUAAAAUGUUUUGUAUAUAAAGAAAUAUCUGCAAUAUUUUAUUGUCUGUCAGCCACGUUUAAGUGUUUCUACCUUGUGUUCUACAGCUUUGUUAAUGUAGUGAUACACUGCUUGGCAAAAAGGCAAGUCGGGAUCUUAGAUGUUUUUUAUUUCCCCUGUGGCAUCUACUCACCAUAAUGUACAUUAUCAAACAUUUUCCAUUAAGCCCAAUCACUGUAUUUUUCAAUAAUAUUUUCAGGGAAAAUAGGCUGGAUUGAGGCCACUAAAAAGUAAAGUAGCUACUUCUGAACCAGGUUUUCUGAUUAUGGGAUACCUUCUCCUAAGCUUCUCGUGGGUGAAAGGCUGAAGUUAUUGGGUAUUUGUUUUUGUUUAUUUGUUUGUAUGAAAGCAUUCCUCUUAUUUUAAGAAAUAUAUUUGUAUAUUUUGUCCUGAAAGAGAGAGGCCUUCAUGACGUUGUGGGGGUUGCUUAUCAAAAACCCUGUUCAGCCUUUAGCUGAUUAUUCAUUGUUUUCUUGUGCCUGCAAAUAAUAAAUGUCCUGCUCUUCA